GACAACUGUUUUUUGUUUUUCGAAAAUAACCGUGGUGCACGUUCACUAUCUGAAUUUAUACUUUUCUGUCAAGUCAAACAGAAUAUUGUAUAUGUGUUUAUUUAAAAAAAAAUAUUAUUUAUGUAGUGAACGAUGACAAAUCUUGCCAAACAACGUGAAGAAUUUAAUUUAUCCGUAUUCCCGUUCAAUAACUCAUUGUCGGCGAGAUCGAUUUCUCAGUUACAAUCAAACUAUCAUCUUUCAAGCCGAUACACAAGUCAAACUAUGCAACUGAGAUCUUUAUACACUAUGCAUCAAUAUCAUCUCCAAGAAAGAAAUAAUAUUCAAGUACUCAAUGAUUAUUCAAAAAAUCAGGGAAGUCCCAUAACUGAAAAGUGGCAAGGAAUAAACUUCAUGGGUAUUAUGCCUACAAAAAAGUUCUCAAAUAAUCCCAAGCAAGCCAUCACUUCUUUUCCUUUCCGUUCGGAUGAAGAUCCUACCCAUCAAACUAUUUGGAGAGAAUUAAACCUCCAUGAUGCACCACAGAAUUUUAGUAUUGGAGCUGUUGCUACUCCACAUGGGACUAUUUCUCUCCGACUUCACAAUCACAUUCGAGUUGAAAUGUCUCUUGAUCGUGCUAUAAGAAUCACAAAUUUUAAGAAUAGCAUUUUACUUUCUCUCAGUAGCUCUGGAUCAGCAGCAGCUCUUUUGCACCCUAAUGGUAGAAUCUAUCAAUAUGGAUCCCGUGUCGAAAUCCUUGCACACGAUACUUACGGAAACAACAAGUAUGCUAAAAUGUGGUAUAAAGGGGUAAGUUUCACUUCAGAACAGUGCGCAUUGGUGUAUUUAGUUGAUGCAGCUGGAACGAGAACAACAACUGAUUCAUUUUCUGAUAUGAACCAAGAUUUUUCGUUAAGUGUAUUUUCUGCCGAGUCUCGCCAAAGACAUUUCGACUAUCACGAGGCUCUCACAGUCCUUGAAGGUGCACAGUACUGGCAAUCUGAUGAAGGCAUUGAGAAUUGGGUUAUAAACAAUGUCCGUAUUUCUCAAACACCAGACGGUCUUGUUAAGAUCGCACGUAGUAACAACAAAUAUCAACUGAGGACAUCAGCAAGCCAUGGAACAGCUACCGUGACGACCCCGUUUUUGCACUGUACUGCAUCACUGGGUCAGACAUCUCAUCUUUUUGUAAGGCGUGGUGAAAGACGAAUGCAUUAUGAUGGUAGCAGCUUUAUAGUGAGAAAUGCUGGCCACAGCGCUGGCUUUGACAAUAAUAAUCAGCUGAAAGUUUAUUAAAUGCAGUGUAAAAUAUAUUGUUCGUACUUUUAAAAGGAAACUAAUCUUCAAUACUUUAAUGCCAAAAUGAAAUGAAGAAAACAAUUAUUUAAACAAUUUUUUUUCCUUAUAUAUUUGAAGUACGAAUUACCAAAGUUAAAAACAAACAAAAGUUUUUAAAGUUAACAGAAUAAAUGAAAUAAUAAGGCGUAUUUUUGUCAGUUUUGAUUGUAUUACUUUUUUUUUUUUUUAAUAAUUCUUCAAAGUUAGUUGGCAUCUUUUGAAGAGGUUUAACAUAUGAUAAGCUCUUUUAGAAAUGUUUGAAAAUAACUUCAAACGUGAAUAAAAAAUAUUUAUAAUGACUGUAUUCUUCUUCUUGGAUCAUAGUAGACAAAAUGAGCAAAUUUUUGGUGCCAUCAAACAAGAAGUUCGAUUCGGUUGUUUUUAUUUAACUGGAAUGUCGAUGUCAUAUGUUUGGGAAUAGUUACGUUUUUUAUAUACACUAGACCAAUUGGCGCGCUUCGCGCGCUAUUAUAUGUGAUGUUUUCUCAAUAAUGUAAGAUAGUUGUAGUAAGAAGUUUUUUGAUCUUGAUCAUUACGUAAAAAUUCACGAUAUCUCCCAAUUUUUAAUUUACUCGUUCUUUUUGAGUAUAUAGUAGAAAAAAAAAAA